AAAUCUACUUGCUCACUCAAGAGACGGGUGCAGCAGAUGCUGACUCCACCCAGGCUACUCAGAAUUACAAAGAAAGAAGAAAUUAGGAAGUUAUGGGUCGGGUGCACAGACCUCCUCUUGGGCAGCACAAGCAUUGUGAGGGAUGUUUCAGCCGGCACUGCCGCACUCCUGUGGAGCCCGAGGUCUCCUGCCUGGUGAUAAACUGCCGUCUGCUCUGUGGUGCCAUCUUCCACAUGUGCAAAGAGGCAGAGCAUGAGCUCCUUUGCCCUUUAGAACAGGUUCCGUGCCUCAACUCGGAAUAUGGCUGCCCCCUUUCUAUGUCCCGCCACAAACUGGCCAAGCACCUGCAGGUGUGCCCUGCCAGCGUGGUAUGCUGCUCCAUGGAGUGGAACCGCUGGCCAAACGUGGACUCUGAAACACCCCUCCAUGCGAAUAUCAUGAAGGAAACCCCCAGCGAGGAGUGCUUGGACACAGCCCUGGCCCUCCAGGACCAGAGGGUCCUUUUCAGGUCUUUGAAAAUGGUGGAACUUUUCCCAGAAACUAGAGAGCCCACAGAGCUGGAACCAACUAUGAAUGGGGAAGCCAGCUGGAAGGAAAUGGGAGGCGCAGUGGGCGGAAUGGAUGCUGGUUUGCUACCCCGUGACUCUCUGUCAGCUACUAAUGGAGAGAUGGUAGAGCUGAGCCAAGAAGUAAGAGAAGCAUUAGCCAAAACCAAAGAAGGGAUGGAUCUGGCCAUGUUUGACAAGUGGGAAAAUAUGUUCAGCAAAGAACAUGGAGCUUCUGCUUUAACCAAUUCAUCAGGGAGUUGUGAGAGCAAAAGCACAAAGGUUCCUGACAAAGAACAGGUUUCCAGCAGCAACAACAUGGUAGGAGAGGGUAAUGCCAACGGGAAAGAACCACAGGAAAACCAGCAACAGGGGGAUCUUAAAGCAGCAGUAGAAACAACUGGGCUUGCCCCUUGGCAGGACGGUGUUCUGGAAAGACUCAAAACAGCCGUGGAUGCCAAGGACUAUAACAUGUAUCUGGUGCACAAUGGGAGAAUGCUUAUUCACUUUGGUCAGAUGCCUGCUUGUACCCCUAAGGAGAGAGACUUCGUUUAUGGCAACCUUGAGGCUCAGGAAGUUAAGACUGUGUAUACCUUCAAAGUUCCCGUGAGCUACUGUGGGAAGCGGGCACGUGUUGGCGAUGCCAUGUUGAGCUGCAGGCCCAGUGAACACAAGGCAGUAGACACUUCAGAUUUAGGGAUCACUGUGGAGGAGCUACCAAAAUCAGAUCUCAUCAAGACCACCCUCCUGUGUGCUCUGGAAAGAGAACUCAAAGGUCACAUCAUCUCCGAAUCCAGGAGCAUUGAUGGGCUCUUCAUGGACUUUGCUACACAGACAUACAAUUUUGACCCAGAACAGUUUUCCUCAGGCACAGUGCUAGCUGACCUACCUACUGCCCAAGCAAGGGGGCUUCAUGUGGAACUGCACAGUGAGUGUGUGACCAGGAGACACAACAAGAGCAGUUCUGCCUUCACGUUCACUUGCAACAAAUUCUUCAGGCGGGAUGAAUUCCCCCUACAUUUUAAAAAUGUCCACACAGACAUUCAAUCGUGUCUCAAUGGCUGGUUCCAACAUCGAUGCCCCCUUGCCUACUUGGGAUGUACAUUUAUUCAAAACCACUUCCGUCCUCCAGGACAAAAGGCAAAAGUGAUCUACAGUCAAGAGCUCCAGACCUUUGCCAUCAAGCCAGAGGUUGCUUCAGAGCUCAGUGAGGGAAGGAAAAGUAACCAACUCUCAGGCCCUGCAAGAAGAAACCAGAACUCUCUAACCAGCCUGCCCCUGGAGGUUUUGCAGUACAUUGCUGGGUUCUUGGACAGUAUCAGCCUCUCCCAGCUCUCCCAGGUAUCUGUGCUCAUGAGGAAUAUCUGUGCCACUUUGUUACAAGAGAGAGGAAUGGUCCUUCUCCAGUGGAAGAAGAAGAGGUAUUCCCAUGGAGGCACUUCCUGGAGAGUCCACAGAGAGAUCUGGCAGUUCAGCAGCCUCUUCUCCAAAGUCAAGAGCUGGGAGUUUAAUGAAGUUGCCUCCAUGUCUGAGCACCUGAAAAACUGUCCGUUCAAUGUGGUGGAGCACAAGACUGAACCAGUUCUUCUGACCAGCAUGUGUCAACCCCGUGAGCAGUCCCGAGAGAGCUUAGUAGCCACCUUUAGAGACAGACCUCGAGGAAAACGUACCUACUAAACACUCAGAGUCACCAUUCUUGGAUUCCCUGGUAGGGUUCCUGAGAGUGGGAUUUUGAGGGCAUCUCUCUAUAUGCUGUGUGCCUGGGUGUCCCGUAGUAUGCAAUGUCCUGUAGACCUGAGUAGUCUAAGAAUUCUGUAGAGUUGUUUAG